AUGUUAGACCACACGAUUCCUGGGUACAUCUUCAUACAGAUCUGCAUAUACGGCUUGCGCGCCGUCACGCCACUCAGCAUAUUGUACGCCUCGUUUAGCAUCGCCGAACCUCCGACCACAGCCUUUGGGCGCUUCCUCCUCACGUGGAGCAUCAUCGAGACGGCUUUCUGGCUGCUCGUCUUCCUGCCUCGCAAGCGCGCGCUCCAAUCCUCUGCACACCAUCCACCACCAUUAGGCAUAGAAGAGCGCAAGGCACUCUUCUGGAAGUGCUGGGACAAUAUCCCUCAUCCUGAGUACUACCUGAGUCGAUGGUUUUUGGGCGCGAGGAUCGGCGACAUCAAGAGGGAGAAUGUAAGGGAGUUCUUUGAGUGGGCGCUCCUGAACCGGGAGACAGAGAGUGAGGAUGAGAAGAAAAGGAGGAUACAGUCUCAUCCAGACGAAAGUCGAGACGAACAGGAGGAGCUAGAUGGCUAUGCGGACGGCAUACAGACAAUGCUUGGGGGGAAGCUUGAACCUGGGCGGGGUAGCGCAAAGAGCCUGAGAUUGACAAUCGACGAGGUCAGGAUGCUGCACCGACCAGUUAUAUGGUAUUUUGCCGUUCUCUUUGUUGAUACUCUCACGGCGACGCGUCUACGCGUCAAUGGCUUUAUCCUCUACCGCACCAGCCUCAGCUCGUCGCUGUCCAUGAUUCCGCCCCGCAUCGCAAGCCUUGCUACACGUCAGAUCUCUUCUGCUCCAGACUUAAGCUAUUGGUACCGUCCACAUACCUCAAAAACGCGUCUUCCCAUCCUCUUCAUACAUGGCAUCGGAAUUGGCUUGUACCCAUACGUCAACUUCUUGAGCCAGAUUAGCAAAGACGACAUCCAAUCGGCUGACGAUGGAGAGGUCGGUGUCAUCGCCUUGGAAAUCAUGCCCAUCUGCUUUCACAUCACAAAACCCAUCCUUCGCAGCGCCGAGAUCUGCCGUCAGGUCAACAUUAUCCUUGCUCAGCAUGGGUUCGACAAAGUAGUUCUCGCGAGUCACUCUUAUGGCUCCGUGGUCUCGACCCAUCUUCUCAAGGAUCCCACAACAGCCGCCAAAAUUGGACCUAUUGUUUUCAUCGACCCAGUCACAUUCCUCUUGCACCUCCCUGACGUAGCGUACAACUUCACUGCGCGAACUCCACGAUAUACAAACGAGCUGCAACUGUACUACUUUGCGUCGACAGACAUGAUGAUCGCGCACACGCUCGCACGGCAUUUCUUUUGGGCGCACAACAUCCUCUGGAAAGAGGAUCUUCACAACCGUCGCGUCACUGUAAGCUUGGGUGGAAGGGAUCUGAUUGUUGAUACGGAUACGAUAGGAAAAUACCUAAAUAGUACAGAUUUGAAGAGCGAGGACAAGAAAUGGAAAACCAGUGAGUGGAAGGGCGACGGACUGGAGACGCUCUGGUGGCCGACGGCAGAUCACUCGCAGGUUUUCGAGAGGAAGGAGGCGAAAGCGAAGUUAGUAAAAGUGCUGCUCGCAUAUACGGAGCGAACAGAGAAAGGGAGCGACGAUGAAAAGAUGGCUGGAUAG